GCAACAGGAGAGACAGCUGAAGGUACAAUAGCGCGCGGACCCAAUCAAGCCAGCUAGGCAGGAGGUAGAGUCCCAGCUAGGCAGCCAUGGCAUCCUCCUCCUCCUCCUCUCACCAAGAAUUACAGCAAGCCCAAGAAGAUGAGGAAGAAGAUCACCAUCAACAGCUGGGCAGCCAUGGCGACGACCAGAUCACCUCCCCUCUCCUGCUACAGAAGCCACCGCCGUCGCCCCAAGGCUUGGGGGCGUCGGAGGAGAACUCACCGAUCGAGCAGGUGGCGCUGACGGUCCCCGUCGGCGAUGACCCGACGACGCCGGUCCUGACCUUCCGGAUGUGGGUCCUGGGCACGGCCUCCUGCGUCGUGCUGUCCUUCCUCAACCAGUUCUUCUGGUACCGAAAGGAGCCGCUCACCAUCACUGCCAUCUCCGCCCAGAUCGCCGUCGUGCCGAUGGGCCGCCUCAUGGCCGCGCUGCUCCCCUCCAGGCCCUUCUUCUCCGGCACCAGCUACGAGUUCACCCUCAACCCAGGGCCGUUCAACGUGAAGGAGCACGUGCUCAUCACCAUCUUCGCCAACGCCGGUGCCGGCAGCGUCUACGCCAUCCAUGUCGUCACUGCCGUCCGCGUCUUCUAUGGGAAGGAGCUCACCUUCUUCGUGUCGCUGAUCGUCGUGUUGACGACGCAGGUGCUGGGGUUUGGGUGGGCGGGGAUCUUCCGGCGGUAUCUUGUUGAGCCGGCGGCCAUGUGGUGGCCGACCAACCUCGUCCAGGUCUCCCUCUUCAGGGCGCUUCAUGAGAAGGAAAAGCUGAGCAAAGGCGGCCUCACACGCAGCCAGUUCUUCGUGGUGGCAUUCGUCUGCAGCUUCGCAUACUACGUCUUCCCAGGCUACUUGUUCCAGAUGCUCACCUCUCUCUCCUGGAUCUGCUGGCUGUACCCGAACUCCGUGUUCGCCCAGCAGCUCGGCUCAGGUCUAAAGGGACUGGGCAUCGGCACCAUCGGUCUCGACUGGGCAUCUGUUUCCUCCUACCUCGGGAGCCCUCUUGCCAGCCCUUGGUUCGCCACUGCAAACAUCGCUGUAGGCUUCCUCACCAUCAUGUACGUAUUCACACCCAUCGCCUACUGGUUUAAUUUCUAUAAAGCACGGAACUUCCCCAUCUUCUCCUCUGGGCUCUUCACUGAAUCUGGGCACAAGUACAACAUCACAACCAUCGUGGACGAGCAUUUCCAUUUCGACACAGAGGCCUACGAGAAGAAUGGUCCACUAUACCUCAGCACUUUUUUCUCUGUCACAUAUGGUGUCGGUUUCGCAUCCCUUACCGCAACAAUCGUUCACGUUCUCCUCUUCCACGGAAGUGAAAUUUUGCAGUUAAGUAAAUCAGCUUUUCAAGGGAAGAAACUGGAUGUACAUACAAAACUUAUGAGGAGAUACAAGCAGGUUCCUGAGUGGUGGUUCAUCUGCAUCCUUAUUGCCAACAUUGCCAUCACGGUAUUUGCUUGCGAAUACUACAUUGAGCAACUCCAAUUGCCCUGGUGGGGUGUAUUGCUCGCAUGUGCCAUUGCCUUUUUCUUCACCCUCCCAGUCGGAAUUAUCACAGCAACAACGAACCAGACUCCAGGAUUGAACAUCAUCACAGAGUACAUCAUUGGGUACUUGUACCCUGGACGACCCGUCGCGAAUAUGUGUUUCAAGGUAUAUGGCUACAUCAGCAUGACCCAAGCUCUGACGUUUCUCCAGGAUUUUAAGUUGGGCCACUAUAUGAAAAUUCCACCAAGGACUAUGUUCAUGGCUCAGGUGGUCGGAACUCUGAUUGCAGCAUUUGUGUACCUUGGAACAGCAUGGUGGCUGAUGGACACAAUCCCCAACAUCUGCAACAGUGAGCUCCUUUCAUCAGGCAGCCCUUGGACCUGCCCUGGUGAUCAUGUGUUCUACGAUGCAUCAGUCAUAUGGGGUCUUAUUGGCCCACGCAGAAUUUUUGGGGACUUAGGAACUUACUCGGCGAUAAACUGGUUCUUCUUGGGGGGAGCAAUUGCCCCACUCCUUGUCUGGUUUGCACACAAGGCAUUCCCAAACCAGACUUGGAUCUUACUUAUCAACAUGCCUGUGUUGAUUGGCAGCACCAGCUCCAUGCCGCCUGCAACAGCAGUCAACUAUAUCGCAUGGAUAUUUGUUGGGUUUAUGUCAGGUUAUGUGGUAUAUAGAUAUCGACGUAACUGGUGGGAGAGGCAUAAUUAUCUGCUUUCAGGCGCACUAGAUGCUGGUUUAGCAUUCAUGGCCGUCUUAAUUUACUUAUGCCUCGGUUUGGAGAACAUCAGUGUAGACUGGUGGGGCAAUGAUUUGGAUGGGUGUCCCCUGGCUUCUUGCCCCACUGCUAAAGGUGUAUUUGUCAAGGGGUGCCCAGUGUACAACUGACCAUCUCCUCAUACCUGGCGACUGGUGGUCCCUGUGUGGAGAAAUUGUUAAGUGUCAAGGAGCAUGCAAGCAUCAAUGUAAAUAAUAAAUGUUUGUUCUGAAAUCAUUCAGAGAUGAGAAUUUUUUUUGAAACCCAGCACGAUCACUGGCUGUUUAUUAGGAUGGAAACAAUUUUAUUGUAUUGUUCAAAGUUUCAGGGAGAAACAUAAUGAAAUUUUUAAUAGUAAUUGCCUACAAAAGAAUUUUAUUCUA